UCUUGAUAUGCAGGGUAACGACGGUCUCCGGGGCAUUUUACAGCUGCCAUAAUAGCUGCUCGAUGUUUCUCCCAGGGAAACACAACUGGACCGUCUCCUGGCUCUGAUCACCGGGACCUUCUCCUCUGAGCCUGAGCCCCCGCUCGGAGCGUCCCUCAGCGGGUAGCAGCGGUCGAAGCAGAGCCCCAGCAAUGAGCCACAGAGCCCGGCCACGCAGGCGAUCAGCGGUCUGAGAAGCUCAGGUAGCCCGCCUAAACUGGUGAAGGAGAGCAGCCACACCAGGCUGGCAAAGAGCAGUACGAGCACGCUGUGUUUGAGCUUCAGCGUGGGGACUAGCGUGAGCAGACCCACGCAUCCCAAUACGAACAACAACCUGCCCACCAUUUGCAUCUGGUGCUGCUCCUCUCCCCAUUGCAAGAAGCGCAGCACCACAAAGUCCCCGAGGUAGCACGAUGCUGGCAGUGACAGAAGCCACCACUGCCUGCCCUCCUUCUUUCUCCUCCGCAGGUAGAAGGUCAGGAAGAAGAAGGCACAGCCGAUGCUGAAGAGCGGACUGGCGGACUGGGAGAACCCCGACACCACAGUCCGCAAAUCCCAACGCACGUCACUUUGAGAGCUCCGGGACAGGAGCAAAGAAAGCGCCAAAACGACAACGGCGCCGACAUGUAUAGCAGAAACCUUGACAAGUUUGGACUCCAGAAAGUCUUCGCUGCAAAACCUGCACACAUUGAACAAAAAGCCCCUGUGGUGGUCCUGUUUGAGGGGGGUGACGCAGCUCUUCACAUAGCCGUUCCUGAAGCCCUCCGAGUUGUUUACACUCGCGCCUCCGUCGUGGUGCCUCGCUUUGCCGUGCGCAGCCUCUCCUUCCUCCCGCGCGGCCAUGGCUCGACGACGGCGACUCCUGUAACCCCCCACGCCAAAGCCCCACUCGACGACAAUUAACGCCGCCUUAACGCUGUACUACAUGACGGCGACAACGCUCCAUGGUGGCUCCCAGUAACAUGCUCCAGCAGUGGCACUAAAGAAUGAAGGUGACAUAUUUUGGAUUUCUUCAAGACCAUUCCAAGUCCAGCAGCAAAAUGACCGCUGCAGAGAACGUUUGCUACACUUUGAUCAAUGUCGCAUCGGACUCCGAGCCCCCCUCCGAAGUCAGCCUAAAAACUGACCUGGAAAAGGGGGAGAUUAAAGCAAAGACUGAAGCACUGAAGAAAGUUAUCAUUAUGAUUCUGAAUGGUGAGAAGUUGCCAGGGCUGCUGAUGACCAUCAUCCGCUUUGUGCUGCCCCUUCAAGACCACACCAUUAAAAAACUGCUUCUGGUUUUCUGGGAGAUUGUUCCCAAAACCACUCCAGAUGGCAAGCUGCUUCAGGAGAUGAUCCUGGUCUGUGAUGCCUACAGGAAGGACCUGCAGCAUCCCAAUGAGUUCAUCCGAGGCUCCACUCUUCGUUUCCUGUGCAAGUUGAAAGAGUCUGAGCUGCUUGAGCCUCUCAUGCCUGCGAUCCGUGCAUGUCUGGAGCAUCGACACAGUUAUGUCCGCAGAAAUGCUGUCCUGGCCAUUUACACUAUCUACAGGAACUUUGAACAUCUCAUCCCAGACGCUCCAGAGCUAAUCCAUGAUUUCCUUGUAAACGAAAAAGAUUCAAGCUGUAAGAGGAAUGCUUUCAUGAUGCUGAUCCAUGCAGAUCAGGAUCGAGCCCUGGACUACCUCAGCACAUGUAUUGACCAAGUUCAUACUUUUGGCGACAUUCUCCAGCUUGUCAUUGUGGAACUGAUUUACAAAGUGUGUCAUGCAAACCCAUCUGAGCGUGCCCGAUUCAUCCGUUGCAUCUACAACCUACUGCAGUCCUCCAGCCCCGCUGUAAAAUAUGAAGCAGCUGGCACACUCGUAACCCUCUCCAGUGCACCCACAGCUAUUAAGGCAGCUGCCCAGUGCUACAUUGAUUUGAUUAUCAAGGAGAGUGACAACAACGUGAAACUUAUUGUCUUGGAUCGUCUGAUUGAACUGAAGGAGCAUCCCACUCAUGAGCGUGUCCUCCAGGACCUAGUAAUGGACAUCCUGCGUGUUCUCGGCACUCCUGACUUGGAAGUGAGAAAGAAGACUUUGCAGCUGGCACUGGACCUUGUGUCAUCUCGCAAUGUGGAAGAGUUGGUGAUAGUUUUAAAGAAAGAGGUGAUCAAGACAAACAACGUCACAGAACACGAAGAUACAGACAAGUAUCGGCAGCUGUUGGUGCGCACGCUUCACUCUUGCAGUGUGCGCUUCCCUGACAUGGCAGCCAAUGUCAUUCCUGUGCUGAUGGAAUUCUUAAGUGAUACUAAUGAAGCAGCUGCCGCUGAUGUUCUGGAGUUUGUGCGCGAAGCAAUUCAAAGGUUUGACACCUUGAGACCGCUUAUCAUUGAGAAGAUGCUGGAAGUCUUCCAUGCCAUCAAAACCGUCAAAAUUUACAGAGGAGCACUAUGGAUCUUAGGUGAAUACUGCAGCACAAAAGAAGACAUUCAAAGUGUGAUGACAGAAGUACGCAGAUCACUGGGAGAGAUUCCAAUUGUAGAAAAUGAGAUAAAGAAAGAGACAGGUGAGUUGAAACCAGAGGAUGAAGUCAGUGCCGCUCCAGCUCAGAAACUGGUGACAGAGAUGGGUACUUACGUGACACAGAGUGCCCUCAGCUCCUCUAGGCCAUCCAAGAAGGAUGAAGAUAGGCCUCCGUUGAGAGGCUUCCUGAUGGAUGGAGACUUUUACGUGGCUGCUUCUUUAGCUACCACCCUGACCAAAGUGGCUUUGCGCUAUGUUGCAAUGGUGCAAGAUAAAAAGAGACAAAAUUCUUUUCUUGCAGAGGCCAUGCUGAUCAUGGUUACUGUGCUGCACCUGGGGAAGUCCUCACUGCCCAAGAAGCCAAUUACAGACGAUGAUGUGGACCGCAUUUGGCUUUGCUUGAGGGUCCUGUCAGAGUGCUCGCCACUCAUGAAUGACAUCUUCAACAAGGAGUGUCGCAAAUCCCUGUCACAUAUGCUGACUGUCAGACUGGAGGAGGAGAAGUUGUCACAAAAGAAAGAAUCGGAGAAGCGUAAUGUAACAGUGCAGGCAGACGACCCCAUCUCCUUCAUGCAGCUCACAGCCAAAAAUGAGAUGGCUUCUAAGGAAGACCAGUUUCAGCUCAGUUUGCUGGCUGCAAUGGGCAACACUCAGAGAAAGGAGGCUGCUGAUCCCCUGGCUUCCAAACUCAACAAGGUAACCCAGCUUACAGGCUUCUCAGACCCUGUGUAUGCUGAAGCCUACGUUCAUGUCAACCAGUAUGAUAUUGUGCUGGAUGUGCUGGUGGUCAAUCAAACCAGUGACACACUUCAGAACUGCACGCUAGAGCUUGCGACUUUAGGUGACCUCAAGCUGGUUGAGAAGCCCUCCCCUCUUACUCUGGCCCCCCAUGACUUUGCUAACAUCAAAGCCAAUGUCAAAGUGGCUUCUACUGAAAAUGGCAUCAUCUUUGGCAACAUAGUGUAUGAUGUGUCAGGAGCUGCAAGCGACAGGAACUGUGUUGUCCUCAGUGAUAUCCACAUUGACAUCAUGGACUACAUCCAGCCAGCCUCCUGUACUGAUGCUGAAUUCAGACAAAUGUGGGCUGAGUUUGAAUGGGAAAACAAGGUGACUGUAAAUACAAACAUCACUGAUCUGAACGAGUACCUCCAACAUAUCCUCAAGUCCACAAACAUGAAGUGCCUGACACCAGAGAAGGCAUCGUCUGGUUUCUGUGGUUUCAUGGCUGCCAACCUUUACGCUCGUUCUAUCUUUGGCGAAGACGCUCUGGCUAAUGUCAGCAUUGAGAAGCCCAUCCACCUGGGGCCUGAGGCUCCUGUCAACGGACACAUACGUAUUAGAGCAAAAAGUCAGGGAAUGGCCUUGAGCCUGGGUGACAAGAUCAACCUCUCCCAAAAGAAGGCAAAUCUCUGAAAGAACUCCAAUCUUAUGCUUCUUACUUUGUAAAAGUCACCCACUUUAUGUACUACCCUUUUUGCUUCCUUGCAACUCAGCACAUUUAGAACUCUGACACUUUUUUUUUUUACAUCACUAGUCUCAGAUAUGUACUCAUUCCUGUUUCAUUUUAAAUAAAUGUGCAUUAGAAGAUCCACUUAAGAUGUAUUCAUUAAUUGAUAUAUCUUAAAUGUGUCAGGAUUAAAUAAACAGUUCAGAUCAA